UAGACCGAUAAAUAGCCCUUUUAUGAGAAUCCAAAAAUUGAUUAUCAUGAAUCAUGGUAAAAGUAUACUAUUAAUAAUCAAAAGUUCCCAACUUCUUUGCAUUUGAUUAUUUGUAAGUAAACUUUAUCCAUAUUGACCAUAUAUCCCAUUAUCUCCAUCCCCAUGGCCGGCAAAGCUACCUACUGCCGGCCAUAUGAAGCCGGAGCAAAAACAAAACUUCUCAUGACUCAUGCAUUCAUAACCAUGAUUACCCUCAUUUAUAUGCAUUUAACUUAUAAUAAGCCCACCAAUUUCAGCCAUUUUAAUACAUUUCUACAUGAUAAACAAAAUCGUUUCAGUCGUGGGUUGCGCACCAACUGUUUGACAAAAUGGCAAGCUGAAAUUUUGCCCAUGAAAAAUUUCUACAAAUAAGGGGAGCCUUUCACUGGUUGACUAUCCCCCAUCCACCACCCACAUUUCAAUCUAAAUGGUGGGAUUUUUUUUCUUUUUUUUCUCUCUUUUUUUGCUCCAAAUUCAUACCCAGUUUGUUUCUUCUUAUGACAUGAAAAUGAUCAUGUCCCAAAUUUGAAUAAGUAUUUUGAGAAUUUUAAUGUGCACCCCAAUUCCUGAUUUUCUUAUUUUAGCAAGUUUUUUUUUAUUACUGGUUCAAAAUCUAGCCUUUUGAUCAACAUACAUGCACAUUGGUGAAACAGGAGUUUCUUUUCUUUGUCAUUGAUUUUUUUUUUUUUUUUUUUUUUUUUGUUCUCUUGGGUGGUCUGAAUGAGGAAAUUGUGUCCGAAUUUGGAUAAGGAAGAUGCUCUCGAGACAAUCCUCGAGGUGCCUAUACCGGAGGAAAUGUUUAACAGCAUGGGAAACAAUGUUGCAUUGCGUUGUCAAAAUAUGCAGCAAUGGAUGAAGGCUCAGACCUCGGAUAAAUGGUCAUCGCCUGUGAUUUUAGGCCGGAUUAAUGAACUAAGGUUCAUUCUUUAUCAUAUUGGUGCCCCCCUUAUUCCUCUUCAGGUUCAUAUUGACAAGAUUAGUCGCCCCGUUAGAGAUAAUUCCAUUCAAACAUCAACUGCAAAGUAUAUCUUACAGCAGUAUAUUGCAGCAACAGGAGGGCAAACAGCCAUAAGCUCCAUACAGAGCAUGUGUGUUAUAGGACAUGCUAGGAUUGGCGCUACUGUGUUUCAUCUAGGUGAUCAAACUGUGAAGGGAAAAAACACUGAUGAAGCCGGGGGAUUUGUAUUGUGGCAAAAGAAUCCAGACCUGUGGUGUUUAGAAUUUGUGGUGUCUGGCUGCAAAGUCUUCUCCGGAAGCAAUGGUAAGGUUUCAUGGAGGCAAUCAUCAAAUCAACCUUCUGUCACAACUGGUUCUCCCAGACCCUUGCGUCGGUUUCUACAGGGCUUGGACCCAAGGGCUACAGCCAAUUUGUUCAUAGAUGCAGUAUGUAUCGGGGAGAAGGUCAUCAACCACGAGGAUUGCUUCAUCCUCAAGCUUGAGACAAGCCAGAAAACACUGGAUGCACAAAGUGAUCCAAAGUAUGAGAUCAUCCACCACACCUUAUGGGGUUACUUCAGCCAAAGAUCUGGUCUCCUCCUCCAGUUUGAGGACUCAAGGAUGUUGCGUUUGAAGAACAAUGUUGACAACGAUGAUGGAGAUGGAGUGUUUUGGGAGACAAGUGCAGAGUCAUUCAUUGAAGACUAUAGGUAUGUUGAUGGGAUUAAUAUAGCCCACAGUGGAAAAACCUCUGUUAGAGUGUUUAGGUAUGGUGAGCAGUCAGCUAAUCACCAAAGAGAGAUUGAAGAAACAUGGAAAAUCGAUGAAGUUGGUUUUAACAUUUGGGGUUUGGAUACUGACUUCUUUACACCACCAAAAGAGGAAGUAGAGACUUUAGAAUAUUGAUCGUUGAUUAAAUGUUUUUUUUCUUUUUUUCUUUUUCAUUUGGAGGGAAGGUUCAUAGAGAACUAUAUACGUAAUGAUAUAGACAAAAUUCGAUCUCAAGGUUAGGAAUAUUGCCAUUGCCAACUAAGUUAGUUAACAUUCACUGGUUUUGUACUUGAUGAGAGACUGUGUAUAAUUUUGGUCUCCAAAGUUGUAUAUAUUUGCAUGUUUGAUUAAAUUCUCAAUUUUGACUACAACUUUGGUUCUAUAUGGAAGAUUCAUAUUUCAUAUUAAGACUUUUAAGGUAUAAGAAAAUUUUAAUUGUUCUUGUUCAUCCAUUUGCCUACUUAAGUUAUUAAUCUCUGUAUUUGAUGAUGAUGAUGAUGAAUUGAGUCGCGUUAUAACUCUAUGUCAAAUAGACUUCACCUCUGAUCGAGAUCAA